AAGGGAGGGGCUGUGGUUGUGUGCGGAUGUGCAACUGCCUCUGUCUCCUUAGCCUGCAGUCGCUGGUAAUAAUAGCGUCUGUAUAAUGUUGGUGUGUGAAGCUUGCGACGUCGCUAUUCGUCCUUACCGCAGAGCAAAGGGGAAGCUGUGUCAACAACAGUACCAGUGACAGGAGAGCGGGGGAAAUAGGAUUUUAUCGUAAUCUAUCGUAUACCCGAAGGACGUGCCUGCUCCUGCCUCUUACCCGAGCGUCACCGCAGUCGCCUGGCCUGCGUUGGAUGUAAGUGAGCGCCUCUCUCUCCGCACCCGAUGUGCUUGGUGGUAGUGAAAAUGCAUUCCUUGCUAGCUUCCCAUAUUCUGUUAUGAGAAGAACACCAUAACCUAUUAUAAGGAUUCCGAUACCUGGUGCAGUAUGGCUGGAUUUAAAAGAGGAUAUGAUGGGAAAAUUGCUGGACUUUAUGACCUUGAUAAGACCUUGGGUAGAGGACAUUUUGCUGUUGUCAAGCUGGCCCGUCAUGUCUUCACUGGUGAAAAAGUAGCAGUGAAAGUCAUUGACAAGACCAAAUUAGACUCUUUAGCUACUGGGCAUCUUUUCCAAGAAGUCAGAUGUAUGAAACUGGUGCAGCAUCCAAACAUAGUACGCCUGUAUGAAGUGAUUGAUACACAGACCAAAUUAUAUCUUAUUUUGGAACUUGGAGAUGGAGGCGAUAUGUAUGAUUACAUAAUGAAACAUGAGGAAGGACUAAGUGAGGAUUUGGCAAAGAAAUACUUUGCUCAGAUAGUUCAUGCAAUAUCUUACUGCCAUAAGUUACAUGUGGUGCAUAGGGACCUGAAACCAGAGAAUGUUGUGUUCUUUGAAAAACAAGGACUCGUCAAACUCACAGAUUUUGGCUUCAGCAACAAGUUUCAGCCUGGGAAAAAGCUGACUACAAGCUGCGGUUCGCUGGCCUAUUCUGCUCCUGAGAUAUUGCUGGGUGAUGAAUAUGAUGCUCCUGCAGUAGAUAUUUGGAGCCUGGGUGUCAUCCUGUUUAUGUUAGUGUGUGGGACUCCUCCAUUCCAAGAAGCCAAUGACAGUGAAACCCUGACGAUGAUCAUGGACUGUAAAUAUACAGUACCCAAGCAUGUGUCCAGAGAGUGUAAAGACCUGAUCACACGUAUGCUUCAGAGGGAUCCUAAGAGAAGAGCAUCUCUAGAGGAAAUUGAAAAUCAUCCUUGGCUCCAAGGAGUUGAUCCGUCACCUGCAACAAAAUAUAACAUUCCUCUAGUGUCCUACAAAAACCUCUCUGAGGAGGAACACAACAGCAUCAUACAGAGGAUGGUUCUUGGUGACAUAGCAGAUCGAGAUGCCAUAGUUGAUGCCUUGGAAACCAAUAAAUAUAACCACAUUACAGCUACAUACUUCUUGUUGGCUGAGAGGAUUUUGAGAGAGAAACAAGAAAAGGAGAUUCAGACACGAUCUGCCAGUCCCAGUAACAUCAAGGCUCAGUUUAGGCAAUCGUGGCCCACAAAGAUUGAUGUUCCACAAGAUUUGGAGGAUGAUCUGACAACCUCUCCAUUAGCCCAUGUGGCUGUUCCACCAACACCAGCACGGAGUGCAGAAAAUGUGCUUAAUGGCCAUAGAAAUAAAGGCGUUGUGGAACCACUGAAAAAGGAGGAUGUGCCAGAUUUUUCUGGCCCAACAGCUUCAGGAGUACCUCCUGUGGCCCUGAACCCAUCAACAAGUGGCAGGAAAUGCCUUUUCAGAGUUGAAGAAGAUGAGGAGGAAGAUGAAGAAGAUAAGAAGCAUAUUUCACUCUCCACACAAGUUGUUUUGCGACGCAAGCCCUCUGUUACAAACCGCCUAACAUCUAGGAAGAGUGCCCCAGUGCUCAACCAGAUCUUUGAAGAAGGAGAGUCUGAUGAUGAGUUUGAUAUGGAUGAAAAUCUUCCCCCAAAGCUAAGUAGAUUAAAAAUGAACAUAGCUUCUCCUGGUACUGUUCAUAAAAGAUACCACAGAAGGAAAAGCCAAGGUCGAGGAUCAAGCUGCAGCAGCUCAGAAACAAGUGAUGAUGAUUCUGAGAGUAGGAGAAGGCUAGAUAAAGAUAGUGGCUUUACCUAUUCUUGGCACAGAAGAGACAGCAGUGAAGGUCCACCUGGGAAUCAAGGUGAUGGGGGAGGACAAAGUAAACCAAGCAAUGGAAGUUCAGGUGUUGACAAAACUAGUCCAAGUGAUAAUAAAGGAGGUGGCAGUCCAUCCGGUAGUUCUGACGGCAACACCAACAAUUCCUCUGGGAACAGCCGUAACUGCGCUGGUUCUGGAAACUCGGUGCAACAGUCCCCAAGAAGCGCAGGAGAACUUGUAGAAAGCCUGAAACUCAUGGGUUUGUGUCUGGGCUCCCAACUCCAUAAUGGAGCCAAGUAUAUCAUUGAUCCUCAAAACAGUCUGUCAUUUUCAAGUGUCAAAGUGCAGGAGAAGUCCAGCUGGAAGAUGUGCAUUAGCUCGAAUGGCACUGCUGGUAAUAGCGUACCUACAGCCAGUAUAAAACUAUUCUCUGACCAAAUGUCAGACUCUGCCAAUGAACUAGAGCUUCUGAAGAGUAAAAACUUUAAGAACAAUGUUUUACAGCUACCUCUUUGUGAAAAAACAAUAUCUGUGAAUAUCCAGAGGAAUCCCAAGGAGGGAUUGCUAUGUACCACUAGUCAGGCCAGCUGUUGCCAUGUCAUUUAAUAGUUGCUUUAUGUACAUAAGUGUGGCACCAUCAUUCAAGGCUGAGAACAGUUGCUGGUUUUGUCUAUGCCAUUUUAUAGUCUUAUUUUUUUUCUAAGUGGGCUUAGUUAUUUAUUACGGUUUUAGUUUGUUUUUGCUAGGUAGAUCAGCAGCACAUUGCAUUUCUAUGCAGGCUUCUUGCUGACACUUUUUUUUUUUGUAGCUCAUUCUAAAUAUUUUUACUGUGUAAAUUUCAAUUGUUUUAACGAAAACAAAAAGAAAUAAUUUUUAGUGUGACCUUGUAACGCACUUACGAAUCUCAUUUUCAGCACUUAAGCUAAGGAGACCUUUUUUUAGAUUUCCUUAUGAUUUCCUUAGAUUUCUUUGCUUAAUUCCAGUCCUGACUAUUGUGAUUGUCGUGUACUAUUGUGUGUCUGAGAGAAAACCAAAGCAAUAAUGUUUUAUUGUAGAAUCCUCCUCUAGGGUGGUCUCAUAUUCCAAGGCUUGCACAAAUUAAUCAUGCACUGAAAUAGUUUUUAACACCUUAAGUCCCUCUUUUGUCUGACAAAUUACAGAAUCUACUUUGUACCAGCCUUAAAUAUGAAGUACUGACCCAAAAAAUGAUGUCUACUUUAACUUUGUUUUUACACAAAUGAAGAAAAUUUUAGUUUUUCCUAGUUUUAGUGACAGAAAAUAGGGAUUUUAUUAAAGACAAGAGAUGAGUAUUAUAAUGCCAAAUCUUUCUUUACC